CUCAACACAAGCCUCGGAGCUUCGGAGGCAUUAACAGUCCUAGCUAAACAUAGCUAACAGAGAGUGAGAGCAGAAAAGCCAGACAGGAACACAGGAGUAGGAGCGUGUAUGUGUUUUAUAUCUGCGGCUGCGGCUAACUAACCGCUAGCAACUUUGCUGAGACGCGUCGGAGUCGUUUCUGUUAAUGUCCACACAAGCUGAGCAACAGGUUUAGCGCUGUACUAGUUAGUUAGUUAGUGUGGCACGGUAGUGUAUGCAGCAUUACUAGUUCUUUCCAUAACGGAGUCUGUGUGCCGUUUUUCCCGCAAUGAGGAUUAAGAGAGCUUGGUUUUUGUUAUUAAAUGUCGGAAACGUCGUGCUGGAGUGUAAAGCUACUCUCACUGCUGUGUGCUGAUUUACAAGUGAUGUGUGAACUGCUGCUGCUGCUGCUGGACUUGAGCUCGCCAUGGAACACAAACAGGAUGAAACCGAACUGAAGGAGCUCUUCGUGCGCUUGGAGAAGGAUGGCCUCCCAUGUCAGGCAUCGGCGGAUGAGCGUCAGUGCCACUUGUGGCGUCUGCUCCAGAACAGUGAGGGCAGCCUAGCCUCAGCCAUACAGGAGCUACAGGCUCUCCGUGAACAGCAGGCCAGCGAAAUGAAAGAGGUGGAGAGUUAUGUCGAGCAUAUUCGUAACAUGCUGGAGGAGCGUGAAUGUUUGACAGCUGAAUAUGAACGGGACAAUGAACAGCUCCGUGCUGAGCUCGAGCAGAUAAAGCAACAGCAAGAGUGUGUAUGUAAAGAGGUGAUGGAGAUGCUGGAGCAAGAAGGCCUGGAUGAGAUUAGUACCAGCAGUCCCAGUGAGCAGGUGGCUUACCUGCUGGUUGAAAGAGUCACCUUGCUGGAGAGGUUGGAGGCUACAGAGAGAAAACUUGAUACUCAGACCCUCACAGGAAACCUUAGAGAAGUCCACCUACAGGAGAAACUGGACCACAUCCGGCACACGCUGGAGGAGGAACUCAGGCAGCAAAAGGAAAUGAUGCGUCUUACCAAAGAGAGUAUGAGCAAGGAAAAGGAACCUACAGCUCAGAGCCCAUGGAGGAAGCUCUUUGGUGUGCACAAGGCAACAAAAAUGGCACAGAGCCUCACUCUUGCCCAGAGCACAGAGCUGGAACAGGAGCGAACAGAGAGAAAGAAGCUGGAAAGGGAUCUUGAAGAGGCGUCUUUAAGACUUACUAUGGCUCAUCAGGAGAUUCGCCACCUAAGUGACGAGCUAGAUCUGGCUCGGAAAGCUCAGGACACUUGUGGUCCCAACCUACCGACUACUGGAGAGGAAUUAGCUCGGCUUAAACAGGAAGUAGACCAGUUAAAGCAGUGUGAUAUGGUGGAGCUGCAGAGGGCAAAAGAACACAACGAGAGGCUUGACACAGAGAUUCGGGCUCUGAGGGACAGAGUGCGCUCCUUGGACUCUGAGAGGAAGACUCUCUUAAAAAUGAUUGAGAAUUUUAAGAUGCAUCCCAGUUCUGGCAGCAAACCUCUGCAUGGUCAUGAAGCAACUCAAUCUGGACAGUUUGGGAAUGGGAAUGCCGAACAUUCAGGAGGGUCAUCUACACCAUUAAGUGAUGACAAGGAUCAACUUCAUAAAAGGUGUCGAAGAGAGUCUGAGGAUAAGGACUGUCGUCUUCGGGAGCUGGAGAGGAGACUGCUGAAGCAGCAGCGGGAGCAUGAGGAGCUGGUGGAGAGGAACGAAGAGCUGGAGGCACUGCUGGGGGAAGCACAGAACAAAGCAAAAGAGGAGCGAGAGUGCCAUGAGUGUGAAGUGGACAGUUUGCAAAGAAAGCUUCAAGUUGGUGUUCAGGAGAGGCUGAUGUUUCUUGAGAGUCGCCUUGCUGAGGAGAAGAACUGGAGGAAACAGUUAGAAGUGGACUUAGCACUGGCCCAAUCAUCUCUGAACAAAGAGAAGCAGGGAGAGCAUGAGGAGCUGAAGAAAUUGCGAAUAGAGGUGCAACGCUUGCAGGCUGAGUGUCAGCAAGGGAAAUCCCUCAACAUGAGCCUCACACAGAUAAAAGGAGAAAAGGGAAUUUUGGAAGAAAAGGUGGCCCAGUUGGAGCGUGCUCAGUCACGUCUGCAGAAUGAACUGGCACAGCAAGUAGAGGGCAAUAGAGUGCAAGAAGACCUGAGAGAGAGCAGGGAGCAGGUGACACAGCUUAAUUCUCUGGUUGAACAGUUGCGAUCAGAACUGUGCAAACUGGAGAAAGAACAUAGUACAUUGCGAAAUGAUAUGGUGGAGAAGCGCCGGCAGGUGAUGGAGCUGCAGGCUGAGCUGAGUAUCAGAGUCCAGGAGAAGAUACAAGCUGAGGGGCAACUGGAGCGACUCGGUCUGAAACUGCGGCUCAAGGAAGAACAGCUCAAUGCUGUCAAGCAGGAGAGAGUGUAUGACCCUAAUCCCAAAUCUUCCACUGGAGAGGAUGAUGACCUUAGCCAGACGGCAUGUGUGAAGUCUGAGAUGAUUAAGCUGCACUCUACCCUGGAGCAGGAGAGAUGUUUGGCUAGUCAGCACCAGCUGAUACUGCAGGCUCAGAUCAAUGAAACCGAAGCCUUUUUCAAGACUCAGAAAUCCCUGUUGCAGGAGAGGGGUGAGGAGAACAAGCAGCUAAAGCAGGACCUACAGAGGACCGAGCACCACCUUACGUCAGCUGAACGAGAGCUGCGUUACGAAAGGGAGAAAAAUCUUGAUCUUAACAGACAUAUUGCACUUUUAGAACAAGAGAAGUUUAAGCUGUGUGCAGAGCUGAAGAUGGCGCAGACCAAACUAGCACAGCUGGAAGCCAGUGGAGGGGCACAGACGACAGAGCUGGAACUGCUGCAGCAGAGAGUCAGGGAACUGGACCUGGAACUGUGCAGGAACAACCAGAACAGGCAGAGCUGCAGUAGCCUCCAGGAGGAGCUCAGUGCUGAGAGAGCACGGGUUAUUGCCGCUGACAAAAAGGUUGUUGAGCUUCAGCAGCAAUUGAAAAACGCUCUGCAUCAACUGCGUCUGAGCGAGGUCCGAGCUGAAGCGACCAGCAAGAUGGAAAGAGAUACCAGAGACAUGUCUGAUAAGUUGUCAACUAAACUUAAGGAAGAAAAGCUGCAGAGGACAUUGGUGGAGAAGAGGGUAGAAGAGUUGCAACAGCAGGUGUCCUCUCUGCGUACUGAAGAGGCCACCCUUAGUCGCACUAACUCUGAGCUCUCCCACCGCUCCCAGCAGCUGGAGACAAGGCUGGAGGUGCUGGAGAGUGAGCUAAGUGCCUCCAGGGAGCAGCAGAGCCUCAGUCAGGAGAGCCGUCAUAAACUGGAGGAGCAGCUCAUGUCUUCUCAACAGGAGUCAGAAAGACUGCAGGAGGAGCUAGAGAACAUGCUUCAGCAGCUUGAUAACAACAGAAGGCGAUACAAUGAACAACAUUUUGCACAUAAAGCCAAAUUAAGCAAAGCAAAGGAAUCGUUUAUAAAGGAGACAUCCCAGCGAGACAUAAAGAUCCAAAAGCUAGAGAAUGAUCUAGCACUUGCAAGGAGUCAGUCUGAGAAAGAAAAGGAUUGGAUUAGGACUGUGACUGAGGAGAAUGAUCAGCUUCUGCUAGAAAGGCGAGAGUUGCUAAGGAGAAUGAUUGAGGCUGAGGAGAUGGGCAACAAUGGAAUACGAGCAGCUACGGACACGCAGCGGAGAGUGAAGUACUUGGAAUUGGAGAAUAAGCAGCUUCAGGAUAAAAUCCUGAAGCUGGCUAAUCAAGUUGGAGUUUUAGAACGUGCACUAAGAAAUCUUCAGUCGGUAUGUAAUGCAGAGGAUGUUAAGAAAUUGUUUCCCUCUGGUACUCUUUCUGACGGCCUAUUGCAGACAUCAAGUCUGAAGCUUGGGCUGUGCGACUCGUGGGGACUGUUGGAUGCCAUUUGCAGGGUUAAAGUGGGCGAGCACGUCAAAAGCCUGGAGUCGUCUCUGUCUUUGCCCACCCCUCAACCAUCAGAGAUUGGAUACCUAAACGUGAGCUCUUCCGUGGCUCCCGAAGUCACCCAGCAUGAGGAGGAGAAUCACAGCAUUUCCAGUGAAGAUGCCUAAGGACAACUGCACCUUAUUAACAGGAUUGCCAAUUAUAUCACGAUUUUAGCCAGUAUGUAACUAAUUGUCAAUGGGACCAAAGUUGAAGCUAAGAGAGUGAAUCUACUGUAAUUGUGAAUACAGGAAGAUGAAGUCCUGGCUUUUUACAUCUGUUUUGUAGGUGAUUCACUUUUCCUUCAAACAUGCUUCCUUAUAUUCAGAUAGGAGGGCUGAUUCUGUACAGUGCUUUGUAUGAAAUUAUGGCUAAUGUGAAGCCAAAUUAUAAAAAAAAAAGUUAACUGUUUUUAGUAAACAAUCUCACUGUGACUGAAGCAAUCAUUAGCAUUUUAAUUCAUUAGUGUAUUAUUUUUUUGAUUUAUGACAUUUACCCUUACUUUUACUCAGGGUCAUUACUACUCAACCGAGUUUAUUGCCUUUGCCGCUCAUAUCCUGUAGAGGUCCCUACUCUAUUAUUAUGGAUGAUUUAUAUAUUUCAGCCAUGAAUCUGAACCAAGUGGUCAAUUUAAGCAGCCCUUCAUAUGGUCAGUGUUAGGAAAUGUCAAAGGAAUUUUUUUAAUUUUCAGAACCCAAAUUGGAAUCUUGGCGAUGUAAUAACUCCAGGCAACCAUUUAUUACCUUCACAGGGUAGCGAACUGGGCAAGCAAAAUGUUAGGUGUUUUGAAAAAUUUUAAUGCAAUAUACAUGAUUCAAUAAUAAAGCCAAAGCACAAAUUACAGCAAAUUAGAGGUAAGAAAUACUUGUUGUGGUGCAGCAGUUACAUGCCAUGUGUUUUAUCUAUGGUUUAUAAACAUUCUAUUCCAUAAAGAAGACAUGAUACAAUAGAGCUUUAAAAGAAGAGGGAUUAGUUAAAGCACUUUUACUGUCAAAUUGUACAUUACGAAUAUGUUUACAAUUAGAAAUCACUUUUCCCCUCUCCUUUUGUAUGACGGUACUGAACUGACUUCAUUACUUUUGAACUGACGGUACUGGACUAGUGUAUUAGUCACCACAGUACUUUAAUAAUUACUUUAAAGCUUUAUGCCUGUGGCUGAAGUAUUGCACUACAGUAGAAAAAUCGUUGCGUGUUGUACGUUAUAAUUUCCAGUCUUAUACAAAGAGCCUUACAGUGUUGUUUGAUAUGUACAGUAUGAGGUACAUGGGUACUAAUUUUUUUAAGUAUGUGUUACUAUUUUCUACAUUAUCACCUGAAGAAAAAAAUCCUUAUCCUGCAUGUUUUGACAAUAAUGAAUGUGUAUGGCAUUUAUACUAUUCCACUGUACAUCACCUGAGCACACAAAUAAUGUAUUUUCUUAUUAAACAAUUGUUAUAUUUUCA